AAAAUCAUACCAAUACGCUCAUAAAAAAAAAGUAUUAAUGUAAAUAAUAAGAUAGAGUUACGUUACACAAUAUUGAAUGAACCUGUGCCAGCAAGACAGUUCAAUUUAAAAACUAAUGUUGAAAAUAUUAAUGAGUUGGAACUUUGUUUUAAAGAAUUUCUUGAAUUUAACGUUUGUGACGAAUUAGUUAACUUAAAAGACGAACAUCUGGUGGACAAUGAAAUAUCGCAAAAAGAAUUACCCCUGAGGAAAAAGAAUUCAAAAAGAAGAAAAAAAAUGGAUUCAUUACUUCUAUGGAAAAAUAAAAAAAUCAUAUGGCAAAUAACAUUCCGGACGUACAAAAAACGAGAAAUAGUUUCAUGUGCAAGAAGAAAAAACAAGAAAGGUCAUAGGUAUAAUGAAGAUUGGCUAAUGUUAUGCCUACUUUUACACAUUCGGUCUCCCAAGCAGUACAGGAAUAUGCAAAAAAAUAAUAAUAAUUACAGAAUCCUACAGCUAGCCUUUCUUUGGCUAAAUAAUUGGGAGUCGAAUGUUUCGAAAAAAUUGAUUACCAAAGAUGAAUUUCUACCUAACAAUACCACGCAGGGUCUUCGUGUAACGAUUAAAUCCACAAUGGACAUUACAGAUUAUUUAAUAUCAAAAUACGAUUUUGAUUAUAUUUUAACUGGGAGAUUGAAUCAAGACUCACUAGAGGUGAGCACGUCAUAAAAUACAUAUUUGUA